AUGGACUCCUUUGGAAACCAGAAACAUCCGAUGAGGCAACAACAACAACAACAGUCGCCUGGGUACCCUGACCAAUCUUCAUGGGGAGGAACGCAACAGAAUGCGAUGCUAGAGAUCGGGAUGCAAUACGGGCAGAAUGUCCUUCAAGAAAAAAGUCAAGGUUUUAUGAGCUACAUAUCCGUCGUCACGGGAUUCCGCCGUUAUUUUCGUGUAGAUAACCAGUACGUCAAACGCAAGCUCACUAUGUUGCUAUUCCCUUUUCUAUUCAGCAUGAAAAAAACAGAGGGUUAUAGCAACAACGACUAUGAGGAAAGGCGGUAUCCUUCAGGAUUUGGGGGCGAUUCGCCUCCUCCGAUGCAAGGCGGCAGUUGGUCACCGACAUCAACACAAAGCACGGAACAGGUGCCUCCACCAACUGAAGACGUACAUGCAUUUGACUUAUAUGUGCCACUGAUGGGUGCUAUAACGUACGUAAUCCUUUCUGGUUUCCUCUAUGGACUACAUCACAACAGCGUGCCGAAUGAACAACUUGUAGGGCCCGCUUGGUCGCUGCUAUUUUGGCUUCAAGUGGAAGUUUUCAUUCUGAAGCUCGUGUGUCACCUUCUUCGCACCACACCGGCAUCAACCAUACUCGAGCUCACCGCACUAUGUUCCUACAAAUACAUCACGAUUUGCCUUGCUGUGUUGCUGAGAGAGGUUUUGCGUUUGGAAGGUGAAACUGUGUAUACUUGGGCAAUACUUUUAUAUGUUGUGCUUGCCAAUGCCACAUUUGCCGCCAAAACUUUGAUGCGCUCGCACCAACGAGAGCAACGCGUUCCGUACAACGCAAAGGUUUUUGCAUAUGUUACUGCACUUCUGCAGGCACCCAUGACUCUUUGGCUCGCGAUACGGCCCUUUCAGUAG